AUAGUAUGUCAUUAUCAUUGUAACUAGAGUGUAUCGGUUUCGCGAUUCCAUCAGUGACAGUAAGCCAGCUACCAACUCCUUUGCUUCCUUCUUCAUCUUUGUCUCUGUGAAUUCCGAGGAAGGAAGACAGAAUCAUGGAGAAACAGAGCAUGGAGGAUCAACUACUCCUAGGUAAUUAUGAUCUCGGAGAAAUUAAGAAGAGGAAGAACAGGAGCAGAGCUUUGUGUUUCCUUCUUGGUUUUCUAACCAUCUCAAUCGUAGGCUUGAUAUUCAUAGAUGAUUUGAAUUUUCUUCCACUGAGGGAAAACAAGUACAAUGGAAGGAUUGGAGUGGGUGAUAGACACAUUGUUGAGUCAGACGGAGGGGUUGUUGCAGCUGAUGAUGGCCGGUGUUCUGAAAUUGGUGUCUCUGUGCUUAGGAAAGGAGGGCAUGCGGUGGAUGCUGCAGUGGCAACUGCAUUGUGUGUAGGAGUUGUCAAUCCAAUGGCAAGUGGAAUAGGAGGUGGAGCAUUCAUGAUAGUUAGGUCUUCCUCUACAUCAAAAACUGAAGCUUAUGACAUGAGAGAGACUGCCCCUUCAGCUGCCUCACAGGACAUGUAUGAGAAUGAUCUCAAAGCAAAGUACAAAGGAGCAUUAUCAAUGGGAGUUCCUGGCGAGAUUGCUGGCCUUCAUCAGGCUUGGUUGAAGCAUGGGCGUUUAGCAUGGAGGACUUUAUUUGAACCAGCUGUAAAACUUGCUAGAGAUGGUUUUGUGGUUGCUCCAUAUCUUGGAAAAAACAUAGCUAGAUCAGAAAAGGCUAUCUUGAAUGACGCUGGGUUGAGGCAAGUGUUUGCCCCAAAUGGGAAGUUGUUGCACGCAGGUGAUACAUGCUACAAUUUGGAGCUAGCCAAGAGCCUGGAGGCCAUAGCAGAAGAGGGGCCAGUAGCCUUUUAUAAUGGAACUGUUGGGGAGAAAUUGGUGCAGGAUGUGAGGGAAGCAGGUGGCAUUUUGACAAUGGAGGAUUUGAGGAAUUACAAGGUGGAAGUGAUGGAUGCAAUGGCUGCAAAUGUUAUGGGCUAUACUAUCUAUGGAAUGCCACCUCCUUCUAGUGGAACCGUUGGCUUUUCUCUGGUUUUGAACAUCUUAGACAGCUAUGGAAGUUCUGAUGCUACAAAGGGAAAUCUCGGCCUGCAUCGUGUAAUUGAAGCAGUGAAACACAUGUUUGCUAUAAGAAUGAACUUGGGUGACCUUGAUUUUGUAGAUGUGAAGGAAUAUAUAUCUGAAAUGCUUUCUUCUUCUUAUGCAAAGGAAAUCCAGCAGAAGAUACUUGACAACACCACUUUCCCUUCAGAUUACUAUAUGUACAGAUGGAGUCAGCUCAGAGACCAUGGAACCAGUCAUUUCUGCAUUGUAGACGCAGAUCGAAAUGCCGUAUCAAUGACAACAACUGUAAAUUAUGGUUUUGGAGCUGGCGUUCUUUCUCCUUCUACCGGCAUUGUGCUCAAUGAUGAGAUGGGUGACUUCUCUUCACCCACUGAGAUUUCUCCCGACCGGCUCCCCCCAGCCCCAGCAAAUUUCAUUCAGCCAAACAAGAGGCCUCUAUCUUCCAUGACACCCCUUAUUAUCACCAAGGAUAAUCAAGUGGCUGGGGCAAUUGGUGGAAGUGGAGGAAUUUCCAUUAUCCCAGCAGUGAUCCAGGUUUUCCUGAACCAUUUUAUCUUGGGGAUGGAACCUUUAGCCGCAGUUCAGAGUCCAAGAGUUUACCACAUGCUAAUUCCUAAUGUUGUUUUGUAUGAGAACUGGACCGUCAUUGAUGGGAAUCAUAUUGAGCUUGCCAAGGAGACUAGGGUUUUCUUGGAGGAGAUGGGUCAUCAAUUGCAAGCCAGGGCAUCAGGAGCAAUUGUCCAACUUGUUGUUCAGAGCCUUGAAAGCCCUCUGGGCAUCAGUACAAAAAUUGGAAAAGAUUAUGGUGGUAAAGUACUCCACGGGACACUUACUGCAGUAAGUGAUCCUAGAAAAGAUGGGAAGCCAGCUGCAGUUUAAACCUGUAGUUGAAUUAGACCUGGAUUGGGAGUCCUGAAUAUCCCGAGGAAAAGAGGGUGAUAAGGCAGGUAGUCCAGAUGAGCACUUUCAAUUGGUAUGAGAAGAUGACACAAUAGAAGAUGCGUCAUAUUACUAUUGGUUCCUAAAUGAUCAUAUCAAUUCGGAAACUUUGUAACCCCAAGUGAUCAUCAAUGAUGUAGUCAUUUUUCAUGACGCAAGAGCAUUUUCCAUGAUGCAAGAACAUGCUGCAUGCAGAUUGCGCAGAAACAACGGUUCCAAUCUUUGCAAUUUUCAAAUCGCUUUUUCAAAAAGGUGUGCUUAGGUUAGCUUUUGCACACCUUUGAACUUAUACUUCUAUAAGCGAUUUUAAGAGUACCCCCUUCAUAUUAGACUAAUACAUUCGAAGAAAUUAA